AUGCAUAUAUCUUUUGUAUCAUUUCUUAUUAUUGCACUACUAUUCAGUAACGGUAAAGUAAGUGCCAUCACUCGUUACUAUGAAUUAAAUAUCACAAGUGUACGCCACAACCCUGAUUGUUCAAAUCAUCUCUCCUCUGUUCUCAUGAUAAACAAUCAAAUGCCCGGCCCUCCUCUCUCUCUCAACAAGGGUGACAAUGUGCAAGUCAUUGUUCGAAACAAUAUCUUACCCAAUCUUCCCGUCUAUGGUGGCGUCGGUAUGAAAGUCUCGGUUCAUUUCCAUGGCAUUCGUCAAAUCAACUCUUCUAGCUCGGAUGGUGUUCCCUUCUUAACUCAGAGACCUAUCGAACCUGGUGAAUCAUUUACCUAUUUAUUCAACGUACCUAAUCAAGUGGGCACGUUCUUUUAUCAUGCACAUGUCGGUCUAGAGGAAAUGAGUGUCUUUGGCCCUUUGAUUGUAUACGAUUCCGAUCAAUCCAACCCUGCUGUGGUCAAAAACCAACUCAAAGAUGGUCCAUUUACCUAUGAUGAUGAACGCACUAUCUCUCUUAGUGAAUGGUGGCAUACUGAUCGAGGAAAAUUUGAAGCGUAUUAUCUUGGUCCCAAUUUCACGCAGAUCUUUGAAGCACAAACGUUCCUAAUGAAUGGUCUCGGUAUCUUUGAUUCCAGUAUCGAUCUUGAUACAAAUUGCAAAGGCUAUGCAAUCAUACCUGUUCAUGCUAAUCGCACAUAUCGUAUCCGUGUGAUUGGUGCCAUGACCUUUCGGACUCUUGGAUUUGCUAUUGCAGGUCAUCAAAUGACUGUCAUUGAAGUGGAUGGAGACUAUGUCAAACCAUACGACGUGGAUUAUUUAGAAGUCUCUGCUGGUCAGCGAUUCUCGGUAUUAAUCACAACAAAUCAAACAUCGGAUGACUAUGGUAUUCAUGUCGUGCGUAAAUGGGCUGCUGGUAUCCCUACCGAAACAAACGGAUAUGCUACUCUCAGAUAUCAGGAAGAGGAAUUUGUUCCCUGGAGUUUUGAUGAAGUAACUGAUAAACCGGUGGGUUCAAGAACGCUAUCUACCGCUGCUUUACAACCAAGCUUUCCUGUCAAUGAUACUGUCCAUUGGCUUUGGGAUAAGAUCGAACCUUAUUACGGCGUAGAACCCCAAGCACUUUUGAACAGUAGUCGUGUUAUCAAAUUACGUGGAAGUCAAAACAUCAUUGACGGAUUAACAAGAUGGUACAUCAACGACGUUAGUUUUAUGGAAGAUUUUAACAAGGUUAUACUGUACGAUGUUGUCAACACCACAAGGAAUUUGCCUCAAGUGAUGGACCGUCAUGUUACUGGUUAUGACCCGCAUCUCCACACCUAUCCCCUCAGUCAUUUGGAAAUUGUUGAUAUCGUGAUACAGACAACACAUCGAGAGGGAGAACCUUGUCGGAGUCAUCCCUGGCAUACGCAUGGUCAUUCUCACUGGGAAAUAGCCUAUGGCCACGGUGAAUAUAUGGAAGAGCGAGAUGGUAUGAUUCGAAAUGUACCUAAUCCUGUCUUUAAAGACCUGACUCUGGUUUAUCCCGGUGAAAGUGAAAAACAGGAUGGUAAUCCCGAAAUUGGAUGCGGCUGGUCCAAGGUCCGCAUUGUAGCUGAUAAUCCAGGUAUUUGGGCUAUGCAUUGUCAUAAUUCUCCCCACAUGUAUAUGGGUAUGAUGUUGGCAUUCGAAGAGUCACCAGAGCUUAUUACUGAAAGGCUAUUUAUAUAAACAAAUCAUAUUUUUAGAAUAAAGUAUCAUUUAUUAAACAUGUAUAA